AUGCCCGCCACGACACGUUACAACAAGGCGAUUCAGCUGCUGGAAGAGGGCAAACCAGUUUUCGGCACGGGUUUGAUCUGGAACGGCAAUCUGGAUGAAAUGACCUAUUUUGCCGAUUCGGACUAUGACCUGGUAAUGAUCGAGAUGGAACACGAGGGGUUGUCAUUCAACAACCUGCGAACGUCGCUGCAAUUUUUGCUGAAUCGCAAACGGGUGAUUGACGGCGGUGGUUUGCAGGCCGACCCGACGCCGAUUGUGCGUAUUCCGCCCAACACCCGGGAGCAGAACCAGUGGGUCAUCAAGCAGGCGCUGGACACGGGGGUGUAUGGUCUGAUACUGCCCCACCUGGAUACGGUGGAAGGAGCAAUGUCGGCGGUGCGGGCGGCGCGUUAUCCGCAGGUUCCCGAGUAUUAUGACGCCGCCGACAUUUGGCCCAUCGAUCCCGACGGCAACCUGUUGUUGAUGGGCAUUGUGGAAGAGCCAACGGGAGCCAACAACCUGCCGGACAUACUGCGGGAGGUGAAGGGCAUCGGCGCGAUAUGGGCCGGGCCUGGCGAUAUGUCGGUGGCGAUGGGACACCGAGGCAACGCCGGGCAUCCGGAGGUUCAGGAGAUGCUACUGCGGAUUUUGGGAAUCUGCCAGAACGCCGGUGUCCCCUGCGCGGUGGGCUGCACGGCGGCGGAAGUGCCGAUGCGACUGGAGCAGGGUUUCAGCAUCCUGAUUACCGCACCCACACGAACCGCCGGGGGACUGGAGGAAGGACGCCGUAUCUCUGGAAGGUAG